AUGCGACUUGGAGCUACUAUCAAUCUUAUAUCAUUAUCGGUGUUUAAGCAAUUGGGAAUAGGAAAACUUGCACCCACAACGGUCAUUGCAAUUGGCAGACCGUUUAUUAGUGCAUUUGGAAGGAAAUUGGAAGAUGCAUUAGUGAAGGUGGAUAAAUUUAUUCUACUUACCGACUUCAUAAUAUUAGACUACGAAGUUGAUAAGGAUGUAAAUGACCAGAAAAUGAAGUUUAACAUUCUCAAAGCGAUGAAAUAUCCUGAUAAAUCCAAUGCAUGCCAUGCAAUUGAGUUGGAAGAAGAUUGGCCUUACAAGCUUGAAUCUGAAACCAAUAAGGCAAUGGAAAAAGAGAAAGACGAGAUGAACGCUCAGUAG